AUGAAUACCACAGAAAGAGAACUCCAGCCUGGCUUCAGGAGGAGCCGUAUGACAUCAGUAAAAGGACCUAGAACCAGAAGUGUUGUAACUUUUAAUCCAACAACUAUCAGCCCAGGUGAAGAGCUGUACAUUAACAUCCCUAAAUUAAAGCCUGACUCUUGUUUAAUUCCAGGAUCACUUGCACUAUUAUUUGACUUCAAAAAUUCCAAUACAAAAAGCCACUUUAAUAAUAACCUGUCUAAGUUGAUAGCUAAACGUCUUCAGGUUAAAGUAGCAGGUGAAACAGCUUAUGACUGUUCAGGAGAGAGUUUGUACGAAAUAUACAAAGAUCUAUGGCUAACAUUAGGUGACAGGAAUAAGAUGACAGAACAGGGUCUCGCAAGUGAGAAUCUCAGGAAUUUAAUAUCAGGUGAUGACUCAGGAGCAAAAGCUGGUGAUGCCAAUAAACUAGCAGAUGGACUUCUCCACAGUGUGUACGGUUCUAAGCUGAGAAAACCAAUUGAUAAAAUAAUUGCAGACCAUGGACUCUACACACCGUUCUCCAUGAAUAACAAUCCUAUGUACAUCCUCACACUCCCGCAAUCAGAUGAAAUUAUGACUGCCCAAGGAGGUGAAACUAAUGGUAAUUAUAAACUUGAUAAUCUUGAGUUAGAAUAUGAGACCAUUGAGAAUGACGCCCUAGCAGGUGAAGUAUCAAGGAUGUAUUCAACGGGCCGCUCGCUGUCCUAG